CAGCUGGAGCAGCUGGAGGGUGGCUGAGAGCCCUGGGGUGGGAGCCGUGCCCUGCCCACGCUGGGGACCCGGCACUGUCCCAGGGCAGCCGUCAGGAUCCAGGCUUGGAGAUGCCCGGCCUGGAGCAAAACUCGCUGUCAGUGUCCCUGCCUCCGUCCUUGAGGAAGGGGUGGGACUGGCUCUGGGGGCACCUGGUGACCCUGAGUGGUGUCCAGUGCCUGUCCAGCCGUGUCAUGGGAGGUGGCACGUGGCUAGUGCUAAGCCAGGCGCUGAGCCGAGCUCUCCCCCGUGCCCAGGGAAGACGGUGGUGCACCAGCUCUCAGUGUCUCUGGAGGACCUGUACAAUGGCUCCACACGGAAGCUGUCCCUGCAGAAGAACAUCAUCUGCCGCAAGUGUGGAGGCUGCGGGGUGCGGGAGGGUGCCCAGAGAAGGUGCCCCAAGUGCCACGGCUCAGGCAUGGAGGUUCGCAUCCACCAGCUGGGGCCCAGCAUGAUCCAGCAGAUCCAGACGGUGUGCUCCCAGUGCCAGGGCCAGGGCGAGUGGAUCCGGCCCCGGGACUGCUGCCUCACCUGCAACGGCCGCAAGGUUGUGCGGGAGAAGAAGAUCCUCAGCGUGCACCUGGAUAAAGGCAUGAAGGAUGGGCAGAAAAUCACUUUCCAUGAGGAAGGGGACCAGGUGCCUGGCCUGGAGCCUGGGGACAUCAUCAUUGUCCUGGAUCAGAAGGAGCAUCCUGUUUUCCGGCGCAGCGGCGAUGACCUCAUUGUCAGGAGGGAGAUCAGCCUGGCAGACGCCCUGUGCGGGUGCCGGCAGGUGAUCCGCACCCUGGACAACCGCACCCUGCUCGUGUCCUCCCCACCAGGUGAUGUGAUCCGGCCCGGGGACCUGAAGUGUAUCCCCAACGAGGGGAUGCCUGUCUACAGGAGCCCCUUUCAGAAAGGAAAGCUCAUCCUGCAGUUUGAGGUGAAGUUCCCCGAGCCGGGCUGGCUCCCCACUGACCGCCUGCGCCAGCUCCAGGCCUUCUUCCCCCCUCAGGAGGAGGUGAUGGCCACGGAGGACACGGAGGAGGUGGAGCUCAGCGAUUACACGGCGCACGGCGGGCCGGGCCGGCGGCCCUAUGCUGGAGAAGCCUAUCACGAGGAUGACUUCGAGGACGGGAUGCGCCAGCACGUCCAGUGCCAGACCUCAUAGCGGGGGGGGCCGGAGCCCCCCGGGCACAGGCGGGGCAGGGCCAGGGCCGCGCGGUGGGGAGGGGGCUGGCGGAGCCGCCACGUUCAGGGAUGUACAUAGGUCGCCUUUCCAACAGCAC